AUGUCCGCCUCCGAGCACCACCACUCGCACCCCAAGCACGAGGGCCAUGUUUCGCGUCACCACGGCGACUCGGCCUCCAAGGGUCAUGCAGGCGAGGGCCACAUGGAUGGCGGAAGUCACAAACACCACUCGGGGCACGACAGCGCGCACCAUUACGGAUCAGACGACACGGAGCACAAGAUGGCGCAGCGUGAGCGGCAAGACGGGGCCUUUGCGGACCAAACCUAUUCCGUCAACCGUGCCAUCGAGUCCUGA